AUGGUGCGUGUGCCGAUCCACAAGAUCCUACUGACAGACUUGUUUGAUGAAUGGGAACUUCGUUCUUGCAUCUUACUUAGUCUUAAUCUUCAGAUUUUCCUGAUUGUUGCGGGAACAUUUAGAAGGUUAGCAUCUCACAAAUGGAUAGUGGUCCUUCUCUGGUUAGCCUAUUUGCUUGCAGAAAUAAUUGCGGUUUUUGCACUCGGACUCAUUGUCAGCAGGCAAAGUUCGUUUUCCAAGAAUUGCAAAGAUGGUGAGCCUGAUUACUGUUACAAAGAUCACAUUCAUCUCUACUGGGCUCCUUUUUUGCUUGUACACAUUGGCGGCCCAGACACCAUCACUGCUUUUGCACCCGAGGACAAUGAACUGUGGCUUAGACAUUGGUUUUAUUUGGCAUCACAGUGCGUUGUCGUGGCUUAUGCUUUGUAUGAGUCUUUACUAUCUAAUCACCGACUAAUUAUUCCAGCAUUACUCAUGUUUUUUGUUGGAAUUGUUAAGUGCUUUGAGCGUACGGCUGCCCUGUAUUAUGGUAGUGCAAAUAGCUUCCUCAAUUCGAUGCUGACAAAAUCCGAUAAGGAUGACAGGAUUACGAGGAGAGAGUCCAGACUUCUGAUUCGGAAGAAUGGGAAUGAUUUAACUCAUUUACAAGUGUUGCAGUAUGCCUUUGUGUGCUUUAAAGCGUUCAAAGGACUUGUUGUUGAUCUGGAUCUCAGCAUCAAUGAACGCAAUCAGAGCCGGGAGUUUUUCCUUGCAACAUCUUGCAAAGACGCUUUCUGGCUAGUUGAGGUAGAGUUGAAUUAUCUCUAUGAUGUUCUUUAUACCAAGCUCUUUCUAUUGCACCACAAAAUCAGCUACUUCUGCCGAACUCUAUCCUUUGUGGCGGUUGUUGCUUCCUCGUUGCUCUUCCAUUAUGUUGCAAGGGACUACUAUACAACGCUUGAUGUAGUGAUUACCUACAUUUUGCUUGUAGGAGCAGUUGGGCUGGAUGUAGUUGCAGUUUUUAUGCUACUAUUCUGUGACUGGACCGUAAUUAAGCUCAAACCGCUGUCUGAUGACAACCCGAAAAAUAAAUCAUGGAAAGAUAAGUUUGUCAACUGGAUACUGUUAGUUAAUCGCAGUAAGAGUGUGUUUAUAGAAUGGUUGCUUCGUUUUGUUGGAGAUAAAUAUGAUAAUCCGGAGCCAAAAUUUACUGAUAGCAGGUGGGCUGAUUCUUUGUCAAAAUUCAAUUUGAUAUUGUAUUGUUUAAAAAGGCCAUCAAAGAAGAGGGAAAAUUUUUAUAGUUCUUUUGGCCUUGUGCGUUUUUUAAAUUGGAUUUGGUAUGUAAAACCACAACCACUAACCAAACACAUGGCUGAGUUCAUUUUUGACGAGCUGAAAACAAAAUCAGAGAUGGCGGAAAGUUUAGAUAAGGCUAAACAAAUCUGUUCGUCCAAAGGAGAGUGGGUACUUCGUGAAAACAAAACCUUUCUUCAGUUUGUUGACAAUUAUAACUAUGAUGACAUUCUUCUUCUCUGGCACAUUGCUACUGAACUCUGUUAUAAUGACAGUCAGGUCCAAGAAACUAAUAACGCCCAACGUGAGACUGCAAAGCAGCUAUCAGACUACAUGCUCUAUCUCAUGGUAAUGAAGCCUGACAGGAUGUCUGCAGUUUGUGGCAUUGGGCAAAUAAAGUUCCGAAAUAUUUGCAGUGAGGUUUGCAGAUUAUUUGACACUGGCGAAUCACUCCAACUUAAAAGGAGAUCUUUUUGUUUCUCUAAGAGAGAAAGCCAAGGGGAGGAAGCCUUACUUACAAAGGCUUGUGAAAGAAUUCUCAGUUUCAACAGAGAGAGUGAGCCGGUGACUGUAAAGAGGGAUAGAAAUAUAUUGUUUACUGCAACUGUAUUGGCCAAAGAGCUAAAAAUGUUACCGUCAGAGAAGAAAUGGUUGAUAAUAGGCCAAUUGUGGGUGGAACUGCUAUCAUAUGCAGCAGCUAAUAUCAGGUCCAAUGCGCACGCUGUUCAGCUGAGUAGAGGCGGGGAGCUAAUAACUAUUGUUUGGAUACUGAUGGCUCAUUUUGGAUUGGGAGAUGAGUAUGAGAUCAACUCUGGAACACAAGAAUCAGGAACACAAGAAUCACAACUGACUGUUGAAAGAGUUCGUUCGUUAUCUAUCUAA